AUGGUAAGGUUGAAGGCCAUUCUGCAUCUGUACGGUGUCUGGACCGUUGGCAAGAAAUGGCCACUGUCCUGGAAUAAUGGCUCGGCAGUGGGCCUCGUCGGAGUUCCCCGUCGAUACUCCCUACACCGACUAUUCCCCCAUGUUUUGCUGCCCGGCUUGGUUGAUGCGCACGUUCAUCUGAACGAGCCCGGCCGCACAGAAUGGGAGGGCUUCUAUACAGGCACUCAAGCCGCUGCCUUUGGUGGUGUGACUACCGUCAUUGAUAUGCCUCUAAAUGCUAUCCCGCCCACUACCACCGUGAAUGGGCUGAAACAGAAGAUCCAGGCUGCCCAGGGCAAGUGCUGGGUUGAUGUCGGCUUCUAUGGCGGUAUCAUUCCCGGCAAUGCGGGCGAGCUCAAGGCUCUUGUCCAAGAGGGUGUCCGCGGCUUCAAGGGUUUCCUGAUUGACAGUGGUGUGGAUGAGUUCCCCGCUGUCGGCAGAGAGGAUAUCAAAAAGGUCAUGGCAGAGCUGGCCGAUGAGCCAACAACUCUCAUGUUCCACGCCGAGAUGGUGCCUCCUAUUACCGCAUCUGUGGGUGACGAAGUUCAGGUAUCUGAUGCACCUGCAGACCCUGUCGGCCCCCUUGAGGCGUAUGCAACUUUCCUGGCCUCAAGACCCUCCUCAUUCGAGACCUGCGCCGUCGAAAGUAUUCUAUCUUUGGCUCAUCUUGCUCCCAAUCUGCCUCUGCACAUCGUUCACCUCUCUGCGAUGGAAGCUAUCCCGUUGUUGCGGGAAGCCCGCGCCAAUGGCGUUAAGAUUACCGCCGAAACAUGCUUCCACUAUCUCUCCCUGGCAGCCGAGGAAGUACGCGACGGCGACACCCGCCACAAGUGCUGCCCGCCUAUCCGCUCCAAGCUGAACCAAGAUAGUCUGUGGGAAGAGCUGGAGAAACACACUGACGACGGCGUCAUCAAGACCGUCGUCUCCGACCACUCCCCCUGCACACCAGACCUGAAGAUGCUCCCAGGCCAUAUCCCCGGCCACUGCACCGGCGGCAAGGAAGAGGAGAGUGGUAACUUCUUCUCUGCAUGGGGUGGCAUUUCUUCUGUUGGACUAGGCCUGCCCAUCCUCUGGACAGACCUCAGCCGUCGCAAGGGCCUGACCUCUUCGCCAGAAGACGAAAACACGAAGAAUGCCCUCCAGGACGUCGUCCGUCUCUGCUGUGCAAACACUGCUGCCCAGGUUGGCUUGCAGUCGCACAAGGGUGACCUGGUUGUCGGCUUUGAUGCUGAUAUUUGUGUUUUCGAUGACUCUGCCGAAUGGACUGUCGAGCCAAGCACCAUGCUCUUCCGCAAUAAGUGCUCCCCGUACCAGGGUCGUACUCUGCGCGGCAUGGUGCGCGAGACCUGGUUGCGUGGUGAGCGUAUCUUCAGCCGUGAACAGGGUUUCGAUAGCCAGUCGCCGCAUGGCAAGCUGCUUCUUGAGAAACGGGUUUGA